UACGGCUGUUUUAAAAAAACGGACGUAUUGUGUAAUGGCAUGUGCAUCUGUGCAUCCAUCCUUCAUAUUUGUGUCCAGAGCAUAAUUCAAAGAAACCAUUCAAGGUAUUGAGUUUUUGAUGUAUUGGUAAAUGGAAAUGAAGCGAUAUGCAGAGCACAUUAAUCAGGCCAGUGUUGGUGUAUCCACAAAGAAGAUAGAUAUUUUCCUGACAAUGGUCCCACCAGAGGAUCGGCCAUACCCUAUGACAGUAGUGGUGAUAGCAACAGCCAAGAUACAGGACCUUGUUGGCUUGAUAUGUUGGCAGUAUACGAUAGAAAUGAGGGAGCCUUCUCUACAAGAGAACACAGAUUUGUACUGUUUACAUAUUGCUGAAGAUGAUGGCGAGGUUGACACAGACUUUCCGAGUUUGGACAGUAAGGAACCUGUGUCAAAGUUUGGCUUCACCAAGCUUGCUGUCGUACAGAAAGAUGUUCCUGCAAACACCAACAAGCCUUCUAUUAUUGUAACUGUGAAUGUGCCACACUGAGGCUUUAACAAGUUUCAAGUAGAAACUAUGAACAUUCCUAUGAGGGAAAUUCUAGAUAAAGUUCUCAAGAGAAGGAAAAUCAAAGUCAGGCCAGGCCAGUUGUACAACUUAGAGAAGCAGGUUGAACCAGGGUUACCAGUGGACCUUGAUGCAAAUCUGUCCAGCAUGGAUACACUAGAGUUCUGUCUGGUUAGAGAACAUAGUUCCCGUGGAGAUUUUGUUGAAAGUGAUGAUAACAAGUCCUCCAAUAUGGCAGAAUCUCUGACAAGUCACCAGUACAAGUCUUAUAUUGUAAACAUGGUUCAUAAAAUUAGAACUAAGACAGAGGUGCAGUUAGGUAUAAGUGGAGAGAAGGUUGAGAUAGAUCCAGUGGCAAGUAAAAGUGGUACAAGGUUGUUCCGUCAGAGAGCAGUAACAUAUGACGCUGACAGUAUAGCAUCCUGUGAUAUGCUAGAGGAAAAGGAUGGAGGUAAAUCUGUAUUCCGGCUGACCUAUUUUGGGCACGACUACAAACAUCAUGACUUCGAGGCUGACAUGGAUAUGUGUAAUGAGAUAGUACAUAAGAUGAACAAUAUAUUGGAACUGAGGCUUAGCCCAGUCAGGAAAGAUUAUGUGGCACAUAGAGACAAAAAGCUACAGAAAAAACGCGAGUCUUUUCAUAAAUCAUGAAAGAGAAAACACAUGAUUAGAAAGUAACAUUCUGUUAUCCUGCAUCAGUUUCUUAAGCCAGUUCAUGUUCCCUUAGUUGCUUUACUUUUUAUUAAUGAAAGGGCCUCUGUGGCCAACUGGUUAAGGUCGCUGACUUCAAAUCACUUGCCCCUCACCGAUGUUGGUUCGAGCCUCACUCGAGGCGUUCAAUUCUACAUGUGAGGAAGCCAUCCCAACUGGCUGCCUGCUUGUGAUGUAAUAAUUCAAGGAUGGGCACCCUGAGUCUUCCGUCACCAUCAAAGCUGAAAAGUCACCAUAUGACCUAUAACUGUGUUGGUGCAGCGUUAAACCCAACAAAAUAAAACAAAUAAAUUUUAUUAAUGAAGUGCAAUAUCUUAUUGCUUGUGAUUUUUUUACUCAAUAUGCCCUUUUCUCGUUAUCACAAUUCGCUUAGCUGGUAUUUCAGUUCUUGUCAAUAAAAGAUGUUAGUUGCAAGAGUUUCAUUUUGAUACUCCAACAUUAAAAUUUAAAAAGAUUCUGAAGAAAAAAAUCAAAGUACAUCUGUAUUGUUGUCACGAUGCUUUCUUGUUGAGCCAAAACUUGUGAUCAUUUGUACUAGCUCUCAAAAACAAAGACUUCUUUUUUCCUUUUCUAAAAUUAAGAACUGGUGCAUAUUAUAGUUUUACAAUAAAUGGUUGUCAUUUCCCAUAAGAAGAUAUUACUCCAGGGUUUUUAAAAAAGAAAAUUAUAUACCAAAAUUCUUAGAUGAACAUAUUUUUACUUUAAUUUGAAAAAUAUUAAUUUCUUUUUACUUCUUUUCAACUGUUACAUGGUUUGCCACAACAUGCAUAAAAUUUAGAAAUGGUUAAUAGCUACAAGUGCAAAUUUUCUAAAAGCUAGGAUCAAUGAGAAGGCUCAGAAUUAUGAGAUAGAGGCAUAUUGAUGUUUUCUGAUUUCCAAGAAUAAUAAAGGAAUCAGUGAACAUAGAUUAUGAAGUGAAAAUAUUAAUUAUCCCCCGCCGAUGAAAUCGGGAGGGGGGUAUUGAAAUGGCGUUGUCCGUCCGUCAGUCCGUCCGUCAGUCCGUCCGUCCGUCCGUCCGCAGCCAUUUCUCAGUAACUACUUGGUAGAAUUUCAUGAAACUUGAAAUAAACAUGAACCAACAUACUGCGAUGAUGCCCGUCAAGUUUUUUUUUUGAUUGGUCAAUUUCCCUCAGAGUUAUUGCCCUUGAUUUAAUAAAAAAUGUCCGUCUGCAGCUAUUUCUCAGUAACUAACAGGUAGAAUUUCAUCAAAUUUGAAGUAGACAUGAACCAAGAUACUGUGCUGAUGCCCGUCAAGUUUUGUUUUUGAUAGGUCAGUUUCCGUCAGAGUUAUUGCCCUUGAUUUAAUGAAAAAUGUCCGUCUGCAGCCAUUUCUCAGUAACUAGCAGGUAGAAUUUCAUCAAACUUGAAACAGACAUGAACCAAGAUACUGCGACGAUGCCCUUCAAGGUUUUUUUCGAUUGGUCAAUUUUCCAUAUAGUUAUUGCCCUUUAAUUGUUUAAAAAUCCACAGAUCUGUACAUAACAAACCAACCAAUUGGAAGAAUUUCAUUAAACUUCUUUCAUUCUUUUCCAUGAACAUUUAUUAUAAACAUGUGAUGUUGUGUACCUACACCUGGUCACCACCUUACCUUGGUCCCCCCCCCCCCCACCCCCACCCCCCCACCCCCCACCAUUUUUUUUUUUUUUUUUUUUUUUUUUUUCAUUUUUCAUUUUCUAUCAAUAUUUAUAAUCAACAUGUAAACUGUUGUGUCCUCCCCCCCCCCCCCCCCCCCCGUCAGCCCCACCCAAACAAACCAUUCAUUUUCUUUUAAUUUGAUUUUGACUAAUGAAAUUAUUUGCUUCUUGGUAACAUUCUUAACUUUUUGCUGGAUAUAUUUUUUUGCCGUUCCUCAACUCUGACCCUUUCGGCGGGGGAUUCCAAUUCAUCGAAUUUGCUUGUUAUUAAAUUGGAUUGCUUAGCUUGAGAUACUGAUCAGACAGUAAGUUCUUUGAAUCUAGUCAGAUUAACAAAAAUACUUGACAAAUUAUUUUAAUCGGAUGCAUGCAGUGCAUGAUAUGGUUGUAUUUAUAGAUUAUAUACAAUUAAAGUUGCACACGAU